AUUGCAACAUAUUACAAGUCAGACUACAAGUGUGACAGUUGAAAAAGUGUAAGGGACUUAACGUGUUGGAAAUUGCAAUCACUUAUUGGACGCAUCGCCAUGGCUUUCCGAAGACUAUGGCAACCAGCGCUCGUGGCCAGCGGCCGACGUGGUAUGUACAAGGCGGCGACAAAAGAUGUUCCAAAAGUUGAAAUAACUUCAAAAAUUGCGCUUCCCGACUCUACGGUUCGUAAUGCCAGAACAAUGAACUUUGCUGUCGGAUUCAAUUGGACUGAUCACAAAAAGGGGGACAUUGAUUAUUCCAGCUGUGAUUUUUUGGCUAUAGGGCACGACCGUAGAAUCAACGAAGCCCAAGCUGAAUUUAUCCUUUCACAAAUUGACGAUGGUAAAGCUGCCUGGGGUAAGACAGCUGUAUGGCCCCGUACGAAGGAUUCCCCGAUGGUCAAAUUUCAGGAAGCGGCGGCUGAAUGGCUUAACGCUGAAGCAGUUGUGUUGACAAAAAGUGGGAUGGAUGCCAAUUGUGGUCUAAUGGAAAUCCUCCUCUCAAAUAACGAUAUCCCUGUUUAUCUUGAUUUCCUUGCCCAUAAGACAUUUCGAUAUGGCAUAUCAGCAGCUAAGGGGGAGAUGAUCGUCUUCAAGCACAAUAACUUAGAAGAUCUAGAAGCCCAAAUGGCAAAGCGUGGCCCAGGGUUCAUAAUCGUGGACAGUUUGUACAGUUCUCUUGGUACGAUAGUACCGUUAAAAGACAUUUGUGAUCUUGCGGACAAAUACGGAUCAGCGUUAAUUGUCGACGAAUCCCACGGUCUUGGGGCACAUGGAGAUCUUGGGAACGGAAUAGUGUGUCAGCAAGGACUAGAAGAUAGGGUGCAUUUUAGAACAGCCGGCCUCACCAAGGGUCUUGCCUCCACUGGUGGACUUUUCACGGGUACGAAAGAAUUUAUUAAGUUAUUCCGCGGAAACACAACCAAAUCGGUGUUUAGUUACGCAGUCCAGGAUUACGAAGCAGUCCGCCUGUUGACAGCAUUGAAGAUCGUGAAAGGGGCAACGGAUAGGCGUGAGUCCCUCCACAAGAAAUUCACCUAUUUAAAACAGAAGAUGAGAGAUAUCGGCUACCAUGGUUACUAUCUUGACCAGCCAAGUCAAAUAUUCGGAUUUUGCACUGGCGAUUAUGACAAUACAGUUGGGUUGGACAGAGCCCUUAAAUCUAAGGGCAUAUUCCCAACUGCAUUCACAUUUCCCGCUGCGCCAAGAGAUCGUUCAUUACUCAGAUGGACUGUGACUGACCAAGUAACAAUGGAACAAUUGGACUAUACACUCGGCGUGUUGAAACAAUUUAUUGAUGAUGGCACGGCAAAGCCAUCAGAAUGGCCUGACUAUGAGAGACCAUGUUAUUAAUUGCAAUAGUGCCAAAGAUCAAUGAGAGCAUCCAAAAUCUCAUAAAUCAAAUCAUUAGAGAUACCUUUGUAAAACAUAUUAUUUUAGAUUUAGUUUGUUAUCUAUCGUGUUGUAAUUUUACAUUUGGUGUGUAAUUAAUUAACUCAAAUCACGUUUAUCUCACAAGAAUAUUACAAGGCAUCUUCAAAAUGUCAUUUUUAUGAACUGUGUAAAUACAACUCGGGUCAUCGACUGACUUAUAAAGUGUCUAAAGUGACAGUUUAAAACUGUCAAAAAUGAAAAAG